AUGCUAUCCAGCCUAAGGUCUGGAGUUCAGAGUUUGUGGAGAGUGUCUUCUAGAGCCUUACAGACCUCCUCGACUCUUCAGCAUGACAGCCUUUUUGUACACAGAGACACCCCUGAAGAUAAUCCAAACACCCCAUUCGAAUUUACGCCAGAGAAUAAACAGCGUAUCGAUGCACUCCUCGCUAUAUACCCAGACGGUCACAAACGUGGUGCAAUGAUCCCACUAUUGGAUUUAGCUCAGCGUCAAAAUGGUGGAUGGCUACCUAUAUCUGCUAUGCACAAGGUAGCAGAAUUAUUAAACCUUCCAAAGAUGCGAGUUUAUGAAGUGGCCACAUUUUAUACUAUGUUUAUCAGACGACCUAUUGGCAAAUACCAUGUACAAGUCUGUACUACUACUCCAUGUUGGUUAAGAGGAUCGGACACUGUACUGCAAGCCAUCAAAGAAGCAACUGGCUGUGAAGUUGGAGGCAACAGCCCUUGCGGUAAAUUCUCUAUUUCUGAGGUUGAGUGUUUAGGAGCUUGUGUAAACGCACCAAUGAUUCAAGUCAAUGAUGAUUACUAUGAAGAUCUCUCCAUAGAAGACACUAAGGAAAUAAUAGAGAAAUUAAAACGAGAUGAGAAACCAAAACCUGGACCAAGAAGUGGCAGAUUUGCAUCUGAGCCUUUGGGAGGCCUUACCUCGUUAACGGAGGAGCCUACUGGGCCCGGUUUUGGAUUACAGGAUGCGUUGAAAGCGUGA